UUGAUUUCGAGUUGCACCAAGUCGAAGUAUAUUUGAUAUGAUUUCGUUUGGCUCUUAUCCAAUACUCGUGUGGCACUUGUGCGACAACCAUAAUAUUUUUCGUGCUCCUUUUGUUCAAAGAAUCAAUAAGAACAAGAUUGGUAUGCAAACAACUAGUGCUGUCACUGUUGCUACUUGUGAAACGGUUACUAAAGCUCCAACUACAAUAAAGAAAUCAAAACAAGUCCAUACAACAGAAAGCAAAGCAACGAUAUACGCAGCACGAACAGAAUCGAUUCCUUGGAAUAAUGGAAAGAAGCUUUCCAAAGAAAAGGAGGACAAAAUAGUUCAGAGUUUGAGAAUCAGAUUGGCCGAUUCAGAGAUAAGAGCAGCUCGAAGAGAGAGACAAUUGGGAAAGUUCCGUUUACCUAUGGAUAGAUGGAGGUUAAGGGUGUCAAAGACUAGUAGUCUUCAUGGAGAGACUGGAGUUAAAAGGUCUUUGCCUUGUUCCUUUUGUAUCAUUCCAAUGUUCAAUAUGAAGCAAUGGAUAUUUUCACAGCUUUUGCUAUACAAAAGUUACUGUCGAAAUUUCCAUCGUCCAACUUCUUAUCGAAAGUUGUCAACCAUGUAUGAUGUGAUGACGUUUCCAAGGAAAGUAAUGAUGACCGAAAACAUUUCUAUUGAAGCAACAAAGAUACUUCUUGAAGAGUUCAUAAUCAUUGUCAAAUGGAAAUAUGGAGAAAGAGGAAUUCCAUUCGUUUCUACAUGGAAGACUCAAUGCAAUAAUGCUAAAGAUACAAUGUGCAGAAUACAUCAUCAGGAUGUCGAUAAAAGUACAGUUUCUGUAUUUUCAAACCUCUUAGAACAACGUCAGAAGAAUCAACGUUUAGCCAACUUACUGACAAGACAAAUGGACUAUAUAAAAACUGGUUUAUCUACCGGACAAAAGGAACAUUUUGCAUUGAAACGAAAAGCAAAAGGACACAAGUUGAUGUUUGUUAGGAAUGAAAUAAGAAUGCGUAAAGGAACAGGAGGAUAUGAACCAUUACCAAAGCAAUCCAACACAGAAGAUAGAAAGGAGAAGCAAUGGAAAGAGAAGAAAUCCUCGACUAAAAAAACUUCUUCAAACAAAGAGUCGGAACCGCAGUAUAGGCGUCGUAUUGUGUCAUAUAAUGAAGAUGGAAGCAUCAUAUUUGAAAGGGAUUUGCAACCAGGAGAAGAUUCCAGUGUGGCUUUGGAAGAAUGGAAUGAAGAAAGAAGUCAUGCGAACAAGAAUGUUGUGGAUGCCAUGAAUCCUGAACUCGACUGGGAGCAAGAUGAUAUUCAAGAGAAGGAACAAAGACAAGUAACAUCUUCAAAACGUAUACCGAAAUGGAUUGUAGAUGAUGUGGAUUUUGAUGAAGAGGAAAUAGAAGAAGAAGAAAACUUGUUUCCGUCAUCUAAGGAUGAAGAAUUGGAGGAAGAAGACGUGAUUGAAUAAAUGGACUCAAUUGUGGAUUGGAUUUCCAUAUUCUUCGAUUACAUUGUUACAAACUUGUGCAUUUUGUCUAUUCGAAUUGUUUUUGAUUGUUUCGAGCUGCCUAUACUAUUCUACUCAUUAUUUUGAUAAUGUAAAGAUAACUCCAAUUUCAUA